UAACGAGCAUAAUAAUGAAAGUCUUGGUAGUUCUAACAUUAACGUUAGCUUGCGUUUCGGCUGCCUCCAUACCCGAUGCUCCAGUUUUUCUUAAAGACCUUAAAGGAGCUAAAGUUAUUGAUGAACGUAUUACCAAUGGAUAUGAAGCUUAUCCUGGUCUAUUCCCCUAUCAAGUUGGACUAUCACUAAAUGGACCAUAUGGAUCAUUUUGGUGUGGUGGUUCUUUAAUUGGCAGUUCCUGGGUCUUGACUGCUGCCCAUUGUACAAAUGGUGUGAGAUCUGCAACCGUUUAUUUGGGAAGCACUGUUCGUACUGUGGCUAAGGUCACUUACAAUGUUGACUAUACGUCAUUUAUCCAACAUACAGGCUUUAAUCUAAACGGUUUGGCCCAUGAUAUCUCAUUAAUUCGAAUUCCUGAAGUUACUUAUAGUGAUGAAAUUCAACCUGUUAGAUUACCAGCUAUGUCCAACUCAUAUCCUUCUUUUGUUGGUAGUUAUGGCAUCGCUAGCGGUUGGGGUCGUGAUCGAGAUUACGGUUCAGUUGUAUCAACUUUGAUGUAUACUUAUCUAGAAGUUAUCAGUAAUGCUGAGUGUGCUCAAACUUAUGGAUCACUUAUUUCUAAUAAAAAUCUUUGUGUUGCCACACCUAGCGGUUCAUCUACUUGCAAGGGUGAUUCUGGUGGUCCAUUGGUUUUGGACUCUACGCAAGAACUUAUUGGUGUUACAUCGUUUGUUUCGAAUCUUGGUUGCCAAGCUGGACUUCCUGCUGGAUUUGUUCGUGUAACCAGUUAUUUGGAUUGGAUUAAGGACCACACAGACAUAUAUUACUAAAUAAUUUAAGUAAACCUUAUAAAUUGUCUAU